AUGCGUGAGCAUCAAUAUGGCUCUCGCGGACGUGGUACCACUGUAACAGACGACAACGCAGACGUGAUGGAACUACAGGCUAGAAUUGCAGCCCUGGAAGCCGAAAAGGAGCGCUUGCGUUUGUCAGAGCGAGCAGCGCAUGAGCUGGCACUGGCAAAACAGGGCGAGAUACAAAUAGUGCGAUCCAAGCUCGACAUAUCAAAUAGGACGUAUGAGGCCAAGCUUGCUGCUAUGGUCAAGCAGCAUCACGACGAGACAACGCGGCAGAAACUAGAUUUGGAGGCCAGUAAAAGAGAGAGGGAGUUGUUGGAGACAGACAAUCGUUUCAUACACCAUGACCUCGUCCAAGAGGCAGAGCGCGCGAAGCGUCUGAACGGCCUUGGAAAACUUCGGACCAAUGCUGCAAGCCGAGGAACCGCUGUAGGCAAAAGCAGGAAGGCAGGGAAUGGUAUGGGCGAUGGGUUCGAUGAAGCAGAGGUACACUCGAUAAGCCCGAGCCGAAGCAGAGAUCGAAGUCAAGAUCAAACACCAAAGGUUGGUGGAAAGCGAAAAAGAAUGGCCCCGGAUAGUCCUAUCCCUCUGGCAUUCUCACAAGCUCGUCAGCCUGUGGUCAAGGAAGAUUCUGUCCAGACCGUAGUCUCGUUGGAUUCUGUCCUAACACCUCCAACAGCUACGGCAAGAGCCGACGAAAAGUUUGUUUAUUACCAAAUGAUCAUGAAUCACCGGCCCUUUGAGGGGCAUUGCCGUACAUUCGAAGCUUUCGCGAAGAUGAUUUUUCCCUCAACACCUGACCGGAGCCUUGCAUCCCUGUUUGGAGAUCAGCUCGGAGUGGAUGCAUCGCCGGACAUCGAAGCAUUUGCUCAGGCGAUCGCCUCGAUCAUGCUUGACUUCUGGACCAGCUGUUUGAAAGAAAAGCACUUUGCUCCAUUCUACUUGAUUCUGAACCUGCUCAAGUUUGUGCUCAAAGGACAACGUGCUGCGAUUACCGCCAACCUGAUAGAGCAGGCAUUGCCUCUAUGUGUCAAAUCAAUCGAUCUGAUCGCUGUGGAGAAUGCGCGAAACUCGCUUUACGGCAUGUCAUCGAAGAGCGCCAUCAACACCGAUGCUCGAGCUCAACUUGUGGAAGAGCUUGUAAUUGAUGAGGUGGUUGACUUUCUGCACGACCUAUGCCAGGCUGCUUCACUCUUUCCUGAACGACUUCGUGACUUCUGGACUCAUUUGGAAGUUAGUUUUCUGCUGGUUCUGCUCAAUCCCGCUCAGCCGAUAUUCCAGGUCACGACAAUGCUUCGCAUGUUGGGUUCUAGCGCACUCGAUACAACGUUUGGCGCGAUCGUCAAUGACCCUGACAAGCAGCGCUCCAUAGAGAAUGGGCUGGUCGCUCAUCUGACGAGCCUUCUCUUUGACACGUUCACACCGCCAGCAGACGAGCAGCCAUACACCAUUGAGGAGAUCACCGAGCUGCGAUUGGAGAUCUUAAAGCUCUUCAUGAUCAUGUGCGAAGAAGACCACGGAGGACGUCUGCUUGCCCAGCACCGCAGCGCCAUCGGCCGGCUGGUGCGCUUUCUUGACGGCCAGGUCAGCAAGCUGUAUACGGUCACGCCGGGCAUCGGUCUCGAGAUCGACGCACCACAACGCCAGGCACACAACUUGAUUGUAGAAACGGUCAACAUCACUACGAGACUGUUAUAUCAUCUAUUGCGCACAUAUGACGGCACCAUUGACAUUGUGCAGAAGCUGCGCGCUGUGUUGGGAGGCUAUCACAAAUUUCUGGGCAGCUUGUCACGGGUGGCAUUCAGCACUCAGCUAGUCUUCGAGGAGGGCAUCGACGAUGCUGCCGCAGAUGCUGCUCAUGCCAUUCUCGACCGUGUAUUAGGCCCUGACGAUGGCGAGGCUGUAAUGCAAGCUGUAGAGACGCCGCGAAGCGGCAGUACGAGCGUGCUCAGGAGGGCACACGAGCGCGACGGCAGCGAGAUUGUUUGA